GACGUUCCGUUGAAGGAGCCGAUCGUGCCGACUAUAAAGAACGUGAGGGUGCGCGAGGACCACCCGUUGUGGCAGUUCUUUUCGGAAAAAAAGUUUAUCAGAACCGAUGAAGACGUUCAGUCAACCUUGGGUCGCCCGUGGACGGUGCCCGAGUUGCGUCGCAAGUCUUUCGACGACCUCCACUCGCUCUGGUACAUCUGCCUCAGGGAGAGAAACGUGUUGGCGCGUGAAAUCCAGAUCGGGAGAGCUGACGGCCACUCUUACAACCACUUGAUCUCCCAGUCCGACAAAAUCAGAGAGUCCAUGUGGAAGAUCAGACAUGUGUUGAGCGAGCGCCAUCAUGCUUUCGAGGCUGGUAAGGAAGGCUUUGCAGCCGAGCAGGACGUGUACCUCGCUGAAUUUUCUGCUGAAUACGUACAGAGUGCCUCCCAGAACCUCGAGGCCGAGACUAAAUUGGCCAGAUUGCAGACCGCGUUGUUCGGGAUCAAGACCGACCUCGAUGAGGUGGACAUUGAUAGAGACCUCUCGGACGGCUUUGUCGCCGGGAUUAAGUACGUGGGUGGCUUGAAGGCUGCUAAGUACGCU